AGGAUUCUAUGUGUACAGUUUGGCUGCUCGCUGGUUUGUUGUUUGUGAAUAGAUAUUUUUCAGUUUUACUACAACAAUGCCGAUCUUAGAUAAAAGAAAAGGUGAUGAGAUUCUAGCACUGGUGCCAGCUUCGAAAAGGACGAAAAAUGAGGUGGUAUUCAGCAGUAGAGAGAAGGCGGUGAUCCAAAGCGGCCCUCCCAGAACUUCAUCACUUAUGGCGCCGAUUAUGCUCCUUGAAGGACACCAAGGAGAUAUUUUCUCUGUCGAGUUUCAUCCGGAGGGUCAAUACCUUGCAUCGACAGGUUUUGACAGACAAAUAUUUAUAUGGAACGUCUACGGUGAGUGUGAGAACAUUGCUGUAAUGUCGGGCCAUAGCGGCGCAGUAAUGGAAAUGCACUUCAGCCCUGAUGGCAGUAACUUGUACACUGCAAGCACAGAUAUGACACUGGGACUCUGGGAUCUUGGAUCUGGUUGCAGAAUAAAGAAACUCAAAGGACACACGUCGUUUGUUAAUUCCAUAUCCGGAGCUCGGAGAGGGCCUACACAACUGUGCUCUGGCAGUGAUGAUAGCACUAUUCGUGUUUGGGAUCCAAGAAAAAGGGGCCAGUGUCAGACUCUUAAUAAUACUUACCAGGUGACUGCUGUGACAUUCAAUGAUACAGCUGAACAAGUCAUCAGCGGGGGUAUUGACAACGACAUUAAAGUUUGGGAUUUACGAAAAAACGCAGUGCUCUACAGGCUGAAGGGUCACACAGAUACGGUAACUGGUUUGAGUCUCAGUCCGGACGGUUCUUACAUAUUAUCGAAUUCAAUGGACAACACCCUAAAAAUAUGGGACGUCCGUCCUUUUGGACCCUACGAAAGAUGUGUCAAGAUUUUAUCCGGUCAUCAGCAUAAUUUUGAGAAGAACCUUCUGAGGUGUGCAUGGUCGCCAGAUGGCAGCAAAGUGUCUUCAGGAUCGUCAGACAGAUUUCACUAUAUCUGGGACACGACAAGCCGGCGCAUCCUUUAUAAGCUCCCUGGUCAUAAUGGAUCAAUCAAUGAUGUCGAUUUUCAUCCAAAAGAACCAAUUGUUGUUUCCGGCUCCAGUGACAAACAGAUAUACCUUGGAGAAAUUGAAGGCUGAAUAAUGCCCUUGAGAUUCUGCACAUUAAUUUUAAGGAGAUACGAUAUGAUUUUACAAAUUUCAUUUGCAAUAAAUCAAUACCUUGUACUUCAA